AUGGCUCUACCAAUAAACCCCAUGGACGAACCCAGGCUGUACCAGCAGACGUUGCUCCAGGACGGCUUGUUCGACAUGCUGGAGAACGAGAAGCUGGUUGACUGUGUGCUGAAGAUCAAAGACAAGGAGUUCCCCUGCCACCGCCUGGUCCUGUGCGCCUGCAGCUCGUACUUCCGCUCCAUCUUUCUGUCUGACCUGGAGGAGAGCAAAAAGAAAGAGAUCAUAUUGGAGGAUGUGGAGCCAGGUGUCAUGGGGCUGGUCCUCAAGUACCUGUACACCUCCAAAAUCAAUGUGACAGAGCAGAACGUCCAGGACAUCUUCGCAGUGGCUAAUGUGUACCAGAUCCCUUCAAUUUUCACUGUUUGUGUGUCUUUUCUACAAAAGCGCCUGAGCCUCAGCAACUGUCUGGCUAUCUUCAGGCUCGGCCUGAUGCUGGACUGUCCCAGAUUGGCCAUCUCUGCCAGAAACUAUGCCUGCGAGCGCUUUCAGCUCAUCUCCAGAGAUGAGGAGUUCCUCCAGCUGCUCCCCAGCGAGUUGGCAGCCAUUUUAGCAAACGACAAUCUGAACGUAGAGAAAGAGGAGGCAGUGUUCGAGGCUUUGAUGAACUGGAUGUCCCGGGACACUGAGAGCAGAGAGAAAGAUCUGCCAGGUUUGCUGGAUUGUGUUCGUUUGCGUCUGGUCAGUGAGGAUUAUCUGAAGGAAAAAGUGGAGAAACACAAACUGAUCUCAUGUAAUCCUGAGCUGCAGCAGAAACUCCAGCUGGUUCGAGAUGCUCUUGCCGGGAAAAUGCCGGAGGUCAAAAAAAGCAAAAGCAAGAAGGAGGAUGGUGGAGCAGAUAUAGAUGGAAAAAAUGAGGAUACAGCAGAAGAAGAAGAAGAAGAAGAAAGUCUUCUCCCAGGCAUCCUGAAUGACACCUUGCGAUUUGGCAUGUUUGUCAGGAACUUGAUACUAAUGGUAAAUGAGGCAGGCGCUGUGGCCUACGACCCGACAGGAAACGAGUGCUUCGUAGCAUCACUUUCCACACAGGUCCCCAAGAACCACGUAAGCCUGGUCACCAAGGAGAACCAGAUCUUUGUGGCAGGAGGAUUAUUUUUUGAUGAACAGAACAAAGAAAAUCCACUGUGUUCUUAUUUCCUACAGUACGACCCGGUCAGUGCUGAUUGGCUGGGAAUGCCUCCCCUCCCGUCUCCACGCUUCCUGUUUGGGCUGGCCGAGGCUGAGAACUUCAUCUUUGUUUUGGGAGGGAGGGAACUGAAGGAACAGGAGCACACGCUGGACUCAGUUUUGGUCUAUGACCGACAAUCUUUUAAAUGGGGUGAAUCAGAGUCACUUCCUUACCCGGUCUAUGGACAUGCAACUGUAACCCACAACGAUGUUGUUUAUGUGAUCGGAGGAAAGGGAGACACCAAGAGCUGUCUGAAGAAGAUGUGUGCGUAUGAUGCCAGGAGAUUUGAAUGGAAGGAGCUCGCACCCAUGAAGGUUGCACGUUCUUUAUUCGGAGCAAUCGUUCAUGAGGACAAAAUAUAUGUGGCGGCAGGAGUCACCGACACUGGGCUGACAGACACUGUGGAAGAGUAUGACAUUGCUACUAACAAGUGGUCAGACUUUGUAGCAUUUCCCCAGGAGCGUAGCUCUCUGAACCUGGUGUCUGUGGCUGGCUUGCUGUACGCUGUAGGAGGUUUUGCCAUGAUGCCUUUGGAGGACAGCGACGAGAUCAUUCCCAAAGAAAUGAACGACAUCUGGAGGUUUGACGAGACAGAGAGGAAGUGGAAUGGGAUACUCAAAGAAAUCCAGUAUGCUUCAGGGGCCACUAUUCUAGGGGUCCGCCUCAACACCCUGCGUCUAACCAAGAUGUAAACCCCCUUCCAGUCCCUGCUUGUUAAUAAAAAGUAAUGCACAGUGACAUCUAACAUUAGUACUGUGGUGUUCAGUUUGUUUUAUUUUACACUAUGAUAGCAGCUCUAACUAUGUAGCUAUACUUUUGGCUUAAUAUCACACACCAUUUUUCCUUUUUGAUUGAAGACAUUUUUAUAUACUUACAUUUCAGUGAUUUUAAUCUGAUUGAGAUUGUAAAACUGUAAACAAUCCGUAGCCUGUGGACAUUUUUUGCACUGUAAUGAAAUAAAAUGCAAGUAUUUAGCACCAAACACUGUCUCAGCAGUCAUUUAAAUGUGUUGGAAAGAAGUUGUGCAUUUCUCAACAGAUGGCAGCAAAGUCAUAAUGUAGGUGCCUUCAGAAACAUGAUACAGUUAAGAAACAAAAUAACAGCACACAUCUCCAUUUGCAAUAAUAUAUCUAUACUGUUUAAUAUUGAAAUGUUUUCAUUACGCUCUGCUGUGUUACAGACAGCAACCACUAGUCAAUAAUACAAUAAAAGACAGAAAAUACAGUCUAAUGGUAUUACCACUGGUAGCACCUCUAGACACUAUCGGCCUUGUACGGUUUUUAGUAUUUUAAUAUAGCUUAACUUGACAACUACUGCCUACACAUGGUCUUUGUACACCAGAGUUAACUAAGACAUAGUGUUUACAUUAUAAAGUAGACAAUCAGCAAAUAACAGUACACAUUAUGAUAUAACACAGCGGCAGUAUGAGUAAGAAUGGGAAAUAAAGAGGGUAUGUAGACAAUACAUAUUUAAAUCAACUAUGGCAUUUGUGCCUGGUUAUUAUCACAUUUAUUUUUGUCCAAGAAGUGGGAAAGUCACCAUCAAACAAACUUAGAAGAACAGCCAACCAAACUUUCACAUGCAAAGUAUCAAAAAUCUGUUUUCCAAUUUUGUGUUCUAGUUUAUAUGGAGCCCAGAAACUGACAAAACGUAGUAUUAUCAGAUGAGUCAAAAAUAUAACUGAACACACAAUACUGUCCAUUAAAAAAAAUUGUGUAAAAAGGAAAUUUAUUUUAACCUCAAAUCUUUAUUUUAACCUCAAAAAAAGCAAAUUGCUAAUAUGUUUGUAGGUCUGUGUGAACCAUUCGUGGAGAAAUGUAGCGGACUGCGUGGCUAGUUAGCUAGCUUAACUGAAAACCCUGAUGGUUAAACACACUGAGCACCAGCCUUGUCAAUAAAGUUGCAAACUUUAGCAUUCAGUGUUAUCCUUUACAAUUUGUAAACAAGUGAGUAAUUUAAUGGAUCUUUUAAAACUAAAAUUAAAAAGUAGCCUUCUGCUUUUUAAACAAAUUGGCAGUCAAAGGAAAAGUAAUAACACAUUUGAUACUUCUUAACUAGUGCUACAACAAAUGAUUAUUA